UUUUUGUGAACGGCAAAAAAAGUAAACAAUUCGAGCGUGUGAGUGAACUGUUGUUGAUAAUAAACCCCGUUGAAUGGAAAAAUGCCUCAGUUUACAACGCGAAUUUUGAUCGAGUACAAGCCACAGAUUUCAAGAGAAGAAAAUGGUGUGGAAUAUAACUGUCAAGAUGGAUCUCAGUCCGACAGCGACAUGGACGGGCAAUUAAGAGAAAAUGAGGAGAAGGAAAAGACUGACCAAAGUCAACAGACGACACCCACGACGCCUCCCAACUCUGAUAGCCCUAACGAUCAAAACUAUAUUUUAGAGACGAUCACUAUGUCGACGGUAACUCAGCAGCAGAUUCUUCGGGAUGCCGAGAAUGACAGAUACUCUCACCAGUCCAGCCAAAAUUAUCAGCCUGGCGGUUCUCCGAUUAGCGGUAUUUUAAAAGGAGGAAAGUUAUGGAAGCAACAGAGUCAGCAAAGCAUGGAUAUUAGCUCACGGGGAAACGACAUGGCGCCAGUAACUGUUCCAGAAACAAUUACUUCAGACGACGAGACCGCCAAUAGAAGAUCAGUCCGCUUCUUCGAAACAGAAGAAAAAGAGAAAAGGGACAGUUGCGACGGUGCCCCAGCCAGUUCGACCGAAGAAGAAGCCCACAAGGAUGACGUACCCGAUACCCAGGUUAACGCCAAGCAAGAAACGUACAUUGGGAACACCACGUCUCCGGAUGCGACGGAGAUGAUGUUGACGUUUAAGCUCGGCAACCACGUGCUCAUCUCCAACAAUAGUCUGAAGCCCAAUUCGGCCGUCAGGCAGUUGUUUCCUUGUACGAAGACUUUGGGGAUGACAGAAGCGGGAGAAGAAGAAAAUUCACAGCAGUACCUGGUAACGGCGGAAUCCCUGAGAGCCUUCGAGGAGGCGAAGCGUUCCAAGCUGCCGCAAAUAAUUCAGAGCGGCGAAACGGACGAGACGAUCAAAAGGGCCAUCGAGAGGAACACGCUUCGCCGAUCUCUUAUCCGCUACGAGCCCAGGAGCAAGAAGCAACCGUACAAGACUGACAAUUCUUUGGUGGAGAGGAUCAAGCAGUUGACUUGUAAUGUGGACGACAAUACGCCAAAAGAUGAUUCUAACCAAGAGCAACCUUCAGAUGUAUCCUAUGAACCUUCACAAGAUGUUUUAGACAGUAGAUCAAGUCCACCAGGAGAAGAAUCAAGAAAUUCACCGGAUGUGAAUACGUUAUCAGCAAACAAAACCCAUGACAAGAGUUUUUCUCCAUCAUCAUCAUCAACAGCAUCUUCUAAUUCCAGUUCUAUGUCGAUGAAUUCAAAUUACCAUCAGAUGAGAAAGUCAAAUACAGGAGAGCCAACUCUAAUUAUUAAUCUAAACCGUGUUGAUAAUGUGCCUGACAUACAGAAUAAUUUUAGAAGAGAUGCUAAGCCCUUGCCUGAUAUCGGUUUAGGUGGUCCUCACAACCACGACUUGCCGGAUAUACCUCGCGCUGUCGCCAACCCACCUGAUUUAAGCCACAGUGCCAUUACGAACAAAAUGAGUUCCUCCUCUACAACAAGCGAGUCUCGAAGACAGUUCCUCUCUACCCUUGCACCUCUAACCGCUUGCGUUACUUUAGGCAUGAACCAAAAUGAAGAUUAUUACUAUCAUUUAACCAACCAUCCCCAUGUUCAACCAGGUGAAAGGCUAUCUGUAGCUAGCUCCGGCACAGAAUACAGCCUAGAAGACAUUGAUGAAGGUUUGAAGAAUGAAGAUGAAGAACAUAAAAGGAUCGCUCCUGAUGUAUUGGCAGGAACACCAUCUGCUUCGGAGUCAGGAGACGAACUGGCGAUGUUUGUACAACAAGAUGCUGGCAGAAUUGAAAGGAUCAAGAAAAAGUAUCACCCCAAUGAUCAACACUCUUCAAAAGAAAGCAAGAACGAUGAAGAUGACGAGAAUGACGAUUACGGAUUCAAUAGAAGGCCUAGCGUUCGGGGUAUCAAACCACGGUUCGGUACAACCACGGAAAUCUUACAACAAAUUCAAAAUCAGUUACAACCACCUGCUCCACCACCAGCCAGAGUGGCAUGGCCAUAUUACUCAGAAAGUGGUUUGACUGACAACUCGAAACAGAAGAAUGCCAAUCAGAACUUGCCAAACUACCAGUACGUCAACACGUCGGAAGACGGUAAACCUAGAGUCUAUCCUCCCCAAUAUAGACCUACAUCAUUGCAAGACGAGAAUCCUUACCAGAAUUGUGCCAAUCAGCGGUGUUCUUCCAGACAAGACUUAUAUCAAAGGAGUAACAUGAACGUUUAUUCUUCUGUGGUUAGAGUUUCCAAUGACUGUUACCAGUCAGUACCGGUAAGCAGGCAGAGAAAUGGAAGACCUCAAUCUCCUCCACCCAUGGAUAUGUCAAAACAGUAUCAUCAAACAAUGGUUUAUAUACCAUACAAUCACAUUGAAGGGUACCAACCUGUGCAAUAUUAUCAGCACGCUGGAUCGCCCGAUUAUGUUUCCAGAGUAUCUAGUCAAAACCAGAUCAAUAAACGAUACAUUGAGCCUAUUUACCAAUCUCGGAUUCACCACCACAUGGAAGAACACCACUAUAAUCCAAAUAUGAUGCCACCAAUACCGCCAAAGGCUAUCGGUAUGAGGGGUAUGCCACCUUAUCCAAAUGGGCAGCCCCCUCCUCCUCAUUUAUUAUCGAACCGAAGUGAAUCUCCGUUGCCAGGGCAAUUUUCAACCGCUCGGUCAACUCAAACACCAGCUCCUACUAUGUCUGUUUGUGGAUACUACAACUCAAAUCCUAGAUAUCGUCCCAUGGUUGGACCGGUCUGGCAAGGCGAAGGAAACUAUGCAACUAAAGUAAAUCGACACAGUUUUCCUACAGUCGGACCAAGGUACCCACCAUCUGACAGUUUAUCUCUGACUGACAGUGAUAGUCAGCACAGCGGCUCAUUACCGAAUGGAUACAGACAGUCUGCAGAUAUGUCAGCGUACGUUUCAAAAGACUCCAUUCCUAAUUCUCCUACAAAAUCCAGAUUUAUUGAGAGGGGUGUUCCGGAAGGGGCAGCGAGCGUAUCUCCUCAAGAUAUUUCAGGGGUGAGUCAAAGUUCUAGCAGUACUAUGACGUCACCGACUUCACCUCAAAAUCCGCCAGUGCCAACCAAUCAAAAGCCAUUGUUUUAUGCCAUGAACGUCUGAACAGAUGAUCUGAACUAUUUUUCUACUGGAGAAAAAAUAUUGGGAGAGCUACAGUGGCAAGCUUAAAGGAGAUACUGACUGCGUAAUUUUAAGAAAUUGUUUGAAUCUGACGAGCUCGAAUUGAUAAAUUGAAUACCUCCUCCUCUACAUAUGACUUUCACAAGUAACCGUAUAUCUAGAUUUAGAUUAUUGUAAGAUAUACUAUUCAGAUUGUAUGUUUUGGAAUUUUUACGUGCUUUUGUAUAAUAAUUAGUAGAAAAGCACGCGAUAAGGUAGUUUCGAUUGACUUUUCUAAAUAUUUAAAUUGAUGUAUAAUAGUAGUUGAAUAGUUUGACUUUUCUUAAUAAAAACAGGUGCGCCACUGUAUUUUUUGAAAUAAAAUAGUUAAUUUAUCUUAGUUACUCGUAGGUGAAUAUAUCAGUGUCCGAAUUAACCAAACUAAAAAAAAACUAAACGUGCCCAAUUGUUUUUAUUAAGGCAAAGCAUCAAAUGGAACGUAUAAGAAAAAGUUUUUGUAGGUUAUAAUAACCGUAUAUUAUAUCAGGCAGAACAAAUGUUGCUUUACAAGCAACUGGAUGUUUAUUAAUUAAGUAAUAAAUAUUAUACUAACUAAAGUAUACUUACGUAUUAUACAUGUGCUUGUUAUUUCUAAAUACUUGUUGAUUUGUUCGUGUAUUAUUAUAGAGUUAGUUUUUUCUUUACUUAUCAAAUCUCUAUACUCAGCUAAUACCGUAUAUGAUCUAAAGGAUUUAUGAUCAAGCUAAUUUUGAACGUUGACAGAUCGAAAUGAACUUGAUUGUAAAUAAUCUUUUGAAAAUAUAUGUAUUGCAUCUUUUUUUAUUGAAGGUACUAAAGGAUAUUCAGUUAUAUGCGGGUUUCAAAAGCAUUUUAUUAUAUUUUUAAGGAAAAUUACAUAAUUUUUAACCAUUUCGUAUGUACAAGAGUUAAUAAUAUUAUUAACCAUCAUUUAUAUGAAAUAGGAAUAUAUUUUCUCGGUUAAAAUUAGUAAUUAUUAUAUUAUUUAAGUCUCACAGGCGACACGAUGUGUAAUUCCACAGUUUCAAUAAAUGCAUGUCUAUAAAUAGAUAAUUUGAAUAAAAAUAAUAAUAAAAAACUAUGUCAAACCAGUUUGAGAGAAAAACUUUUGAGGGAAAAAUUUAGAUUAUAAAAGUUUGAGUAGUUUUUGAGUUUCUAAAUUAGUAGAAAAAAUCUAAGGGUUCAGGAAAUACUCAUGCUCUUUCUUUACAUUUGUUGAUGUGUGGGGAAAUAUCAAUUUGUUUCAGUUUUUUGCAUAUACACUCACCGGAAAAACGGACUUUUAUUUUUGGAGAUAUUCGAAUUUGAAGAAGACAUUACUAAUAUUUUUUCGUAAUUUUUACAUUAAACCCACAAACACGUCCAGACUAUGCUGCAAGAUUUCUUUGAUCGGCCGUCAAAAAACCGACAGAGCCCAGUUAGCAACUAGGCUCCGUAGGUUGUCGUUCACACUUAACAAAAUUGGAAUGUCUCGCGGUCGUCUCGCUCUCGUAGCGGUAGGUCUGGACGCAUCUUUACUGGGCCCAAGUCAAUCUUCGCCUUAAAGCCUCGUUGACGCGGUCAAAGUGUACUUGGACCAAGUCAACCAGAUGCUACCAUAUAAAUAUACCUAUAUAGAUGUUGCACGCGGCUCACUUUUACGUUACUUGUAUGGUAUCGACUGUUUUAUCAAAGUCGAAUUGGAAGGCUUCGUAGCAUCCAAGUAAGUUGCUUCCAAAUGUACUUGGUCCAAGUACACUUUGACUGUGUCAUCCCGCCUUCUAGGCAAGUACGCAGAGUUCCAUAUAUGUGAUCGUAAGUGGACUGGCUAUCAAAUGAAUAGGCUGCUGUGAUCGAACCAUUCAAACAUAAAGCUAUUAUAACUUAAUCAGCACAUUCUAAGUCGUCUGUGAGACUAUUUUAAACAACUCUACAAAAUUAAUUCAUUUUGUCUGCAAGAAUGCUUAAGAUUCUGUUGAUUCUUUUUUCGUUAGUAAAACCAAAAAGAAUACCCUGACCAAAAAUAUUUAUAUAUUUAACGUAGUCUUAUUUUCAUAGUUUAUAGGGAACUUAAUAUUAUAAGAUCUUGUCAUUGCUGUUUUUUAUUUCCUUGUUUAUUACUUUAAAUAGACAAAAAAGUGUAUGAAAAACAAGGAGAUAUUAAAGGCUCAAAUGACAAGAUCAUAACAAAGAAAUUUCCAUUUUGUGGCAUGGUACUUACUAGACAACUAUAAGUUUUUUAAUGUUAAAAGACGAAAUGUGUAGACUAGUUCUUGUUGCCAAAAAAAUGAGAUUCCAAUACCAAAGUAUUACUAGUUAGUUAGGUGUUAUAUUGACCAAAUAAGAGAAAAAUAUUAUAUUUGAAAAAAGUUGUGUUUUCAAAAAAAUGUAACAAUUAUGAUACUCCAUUAAAAACAUGCCAAAAUAAAACAAUAAUAAAAUAACACUAUUACUAGCUUUACUUUAAAGUUUCUAACAUUUUAUAUAGCAAAUUUAUAAUGGUAAUUGUUGCAUUUUUUUCUGUUAUUGUCUUCAAGAAGAGUAAUUAAAAAAAACUUUUUACCAAGAUUGUGAUUGCAAAAGUGACAAAGUUGCUUUAGGUUAUAUUACUAAAAAGUAUUAAUUGUAGUAAUAAAAAGAAAUUAAAUGUGUUAAGUUUAAGUAUUUAUUUUAACAAUAGUUGAAAGAGUAAUUACUUUGUAAAAGAAAAGAAAAAUAUUUAUUUAUUAAUAUUUAAUAUUUACCAAGUGAGAAUCUAGAGGAAAUAAUUAAAAAAGAAGAUAAAGAUAAACGGUCUAAUAUAAUUUUUGUAUAUCUAGACUCAAACUGUAGAACUAGAAUUAUUAUUACUGUUGCUCAUUGAAGUGAGGAAUUGGUUCUUUUGUAUUUUGUAAGGUACCGUUUUUUUUCUGUUAAUUUUCUUAAGUUUAUUGUGAGAAUUUCUUUAUAUUUUAUACUGUUAGUAAAACGUAACUACUACUGAUACAUUAUUUGUAAAGCCCUUGAAUGAUAUUAAUAAAAUAAUUGUAUAAAUAAAUAAUGUAACUUUUAUUUUUAAAAUACUCGAUCAUAAUUACCCAUAUAACUUAUACCGAGAUUUUAACGUGUAAGACAGUGAUAUAGACAGCUUGAAUGAACAAAGAAAUGUAUUAAAAAGAGAUAAAAAAUGCGGUAUUGCCGGAUUUUGCAUCAAAAUUUCAAGUCGCACAAGUAGGAGUUUAAGAAAAAUGUUGAGUCUAGGGUUGGAACUUUAUUUUCCACAAAUAGUUACUGAUUUUACUACAGCUGUAAUAGAUACUUAAACAACUGUCUAACAGAAAUGGGCAUUAUGGAAUACUUUAGAUAUAUUAUCUUUGUUUAUCUCACGGGGGUGUCACUUGUAUGGGAA